AUGGAUACCGAUAUCUCACAUGCCACACUCGGUGGUGAAACGCCGAAUGGGAACGGCCUGGACAAUCCCGACACUUCGCCGAGAUUGAGGUUAUGUCUCCACGAGCUUCUCGAACCCUCCUUUAAGCAGUACUACGACAAAGUUGCCGUUGUGUGCGGUGAAACGAAGUUUACCUUUGGAGAAGUCCAUCUCUUUGCGGACCGUAUCUCUAAUGCUCUCGUUAUGCAAGAAAUCGGCCGCGGAGACCUUGUGGCCGUGGCGUUGGAUCGCUGCGCGGAGCUCGUUGUGGUAUUGCUGGCAAUAUUGAGAGCAGGUGCUGCUUAUGUUCCGAUUGAGCUGGGCUUGCCUGCUGGGCGCAUUGGACAGAUGCUUCAGAAUGCUUCUCCCAAGUUGAUCAUCAUAAACGACAACGACAAAGAAACCUUUUCAUCUCUCAGUGGUGCUUACUGUGCGUCUGUUGACGAAAUCCUGAACGCCACGCCCGCAGCAUUUUCGAGCAGCAGCUCUCGCAACACUAGACCACAGUGUUCCGAUCUCGCGUAUGUAAUGUACACAUCAGGAUCAACAGGUCAACCCAAAGGUGUCGAAAUAACUCAUGCCGGAGUUACAAACCUUAUGCUAUCGAUGGAGAAGAAACCAGGUUGCAAUGCAACAGACCGCCUGCUCGCUGUAACGACUGUUUCGUUUGACAUGGCCGUUGCCGACUGGUUCUUACCAUUGUUAGGGGGCGCAACAAUAUUUGUGGCUGAAAGGGAUGACUUGUCAGAUAUGGCUGCUCUCGUCAAACUCAUGGACCGCCACCAAAUCACCAUGAUGCAGGGGACACCCACUCUUUGGCGAAUGCUUCUUGAUUCGGGUUGGCACGGUCAAACUCGACUUAGGAAGAUCUUGUGUGCUGGAGAGGCUCUUCCCUGUACGCUUGCUGAUCGAUUGCUCGAUUGUGCAGGCGAGGUGUGGAACCUGUACGGCGCAACUGAGGCCAGCGUGUACUCAAGCAUGUGGAAGGUGUGUCGUAAUCACGAUAUGGUUAUCGGCGGCCCCAUUGAGAACACGCAUCUUUAUAUACUGGACGAAAACAUGUCGCCCAUCCCGGAUGGCCUUUCUGGGGAGCUGUGCAUUGGAGGGCUUGGUCUAGGACGUGGCUACCGUAACAAUGAGGAGCUCACCGCCUCUCGCUUUGUCCGGAACCCAUUUCAUCCGGGCCUGAUGUACCGCACCGGUGAUCUCGGCCGCUUUACUCCGUCUGGACUCGUGGCCCUUCUGGGCCGUAUGGACGGACAGGUCAAGAUCCGCGGCAACAGAGUUGAGCUGGGCGACGUUGAAGCCGCAAUCUCCGCCCACAAGGAUAUCUCUGCGGCAGUGGUCAUCGGCCGGGACGACAGACUUGUCGCCUAUUGUGUGCGCAAACAAGCACCGCCUACAAGUGUCGACUUGCCAGCUCACGCACUGGUGCCAGAGCGGCUCAGCCAUAUGCUUCGCCCUUGGGUAGCAGAGCGGCUGCCAGCUUAUAUGGUUCCAGCCUUCUUCGUUGAACUCAGAGAGUUUCCGGUUUCUAUUAGCGGAAAGAUUGACCGAAAAGCCCUCCCAGAUCCCGCAGCGGAGCUUGAGACCACGAAAGGAGAUCUAAUCCCUAGUUCCGAGCUAGAGGGGCAGAUACUCCGGAUUUGGUCUGACGUUCUCGAACACGGUCAUAUUACGAUUCAUGAUAACUUCUUUGAAGUGGGAGGGGACUCGCUCCGGGUGGUACGCGUCCACAGAGAGCUCGAGAUUCUAGUAGGACGCCCGAUUCCAGCAGCCAAGCUGUUCCAACAUUUCACCAUCAAGGCGCUGGCAGGAUAUCUAUCGGGGUCCUCUGAUGCUACCACACACCCUGAAGCCAAACGGCCACUUCAGCAGAGUGGCGGCGAGGAGGAUAUAGCCAUCAUAUCGAUGGCCUGUCGGCUCCCCGGGAAUGUCAGCACCCCUGAGCAGUUUUGGCAAGUUCUCGAUGAGGGAAGGGACGUUAUCACAGACGUACCUGAAAAUCGCUGGAUUCCUACAUCCAAGCCCGAAAGUCAAGCCAAUCCCUACUGUCACCGAGGUGGAUUUUUAUCUUCAAUUGACUCCUUUGACAUUUCAUUCUUUGGCAUUUCUCCGCGAGAGGCACGCCAGUUAGACCCAUCACACUAUAUGAUGCUUGAGGUCUGCUGGGAAGCGUUUGAGCGCGCUGGUUAUACCUCGGAAAAGAUCCGAGGGAGCCAAACUGGUGUUUACAUUGGGGCGAGCAACAUACUCUCCCACCAGAGUCUCAAUCUUGGUGCGAUUCGGAGUCUGGAAGAUUUGAAUGGACACACAGUGACGGGAUCGGCUGGCGGGACUCUCUCCGGGCGCGUAUCCUAUUAUUUCGGACUUCAAGGUCCAGCAAUGAGCAUAGACACAGCUUGCUCCUCAUCGCUGGUGUCAACUCACAUGGCCUGCACUGCACUGCGUCUGGGCGAAUGCAACAUGGCUGUGUCGGGGGGAGUCAGCCUAAUGCUCAAUCCGGGGCUUCAUGUGGAGUUCUCUCGACUGGGUGGAAUGUCACAAGACGGGCGAUGUCGUUCUUUCUCGGCAGAUACGGAAGGGACGGGAUGGGCCGAAGGCUCUGCUGCUGUGAUACUUAAACGCUUAUCUGACGCCCAGUGCGACGGCGACUUUAUUCAUGCCGUUAUACGUGGAUCUGCGGUAAACCAUGACGGCCGGAGUGCGACAUUGACGGCGCCUAAUGGGCUUGCCCAGCAGCGACUGAUCUGCAGGGCCCUCGCGGCUUCCAAGAUCCGCCCGAGUGACAUAGACUACAUCGAAGCCCAUGGUACGGCCACUCAACUGGGCGACCCGAUCGAAGGGACGGCCUUGGCCGAGGUGUUUGGUCCAACCCGUGCGCAUGAGAAACCUCUUCGCAUCGGAGCGGCCAAAUCUAACAUUGGCCACACUCAGGCUGCCAGCGGCCUGGUAGGUCUCAUGAAAGUAGUGCUUUCCAUGCAACAUGGGGCUUUCCCGCAGUCCUUGCACAUAAUCAAACCAACUCCUGCUAUUGAUUGGCAAGGCGCCAAUAUGAGUCUCGUACUGAAUAAGGAACCGUGGUUGGUUCAGGGAAGCCGCCCACGUCGAGCAGGAGUGAGCGCAUUUGGCAUUGGCGGCACUAAUGCACAUGCCAUCAUUGAAGAAGCGCCAGAAGACACCAAAGUUGUGAAUGGCGUGAGGUCCGUUGCGCGAUUGCCAACAUCCCUACCAUUUCUCCUCUCAGCCGAUACCGAUAAAGCACUGCAGAUGCAAGCCGAGCGUCUUGGGCAACACAUCAGAAACGCCCAUGGAGAUAUUACUUUCUUGGACGUGGCUUACUCCCUGGCCACCACCCGCACUCAUCUUCGAAGGCGCCUAGUACUGGAAGCUCGAGAUGAGGCCGACCUUCUGGGGCAGUUGGACUCGGCAGCUCGCUCGCAAUCUGCAGCGCUGCUUGUUCAUAAUGGUGCCCAGCCUACUGGUACACCUAAGCUGGCUAUGCUUUUUACCGGCCAAGGAAGCCAGUGGCUAGGCAUGGGUAAAACUUUAUGCGAGGUCUCCUCUGUGUUUGACCAAGCAGUACAUGAAGUAGCUGGCAAGUUCGAUCCGGAACUUGAAGUCCCGUUGCUCGAUGUCAUGUGGGCGGAGCCUGGCACCGCCGUGGCUUUGUUGCUAGAACGCACGGACUUCGCCCAGCCGGCCCUCUUCACCCUUGAGGUGGCGCUGUGGCGAGUGUGGCAGUCCUUGGGCGUCGCGCCAGAGUAUGUUCUGGGUCAUAGCCUCGGCGAGAUAGUAGCCGCUCAUGUGGCCGGCAUCAUCGAUCUAUCCGAUGCCUGUCGGCUUGUUGCAGCGCGUGGCCGCCUCAUGCAAGCCCAGUCCGGGGACCACGUUAUGGUAUCACUUGAGGCUAGUAGCGACGAAGUCACUGCAACUGCUGCACGGUUGGGUCUUGAGGAUGAUGUCGACGUCGCCGCGUACAAUACCCCCAUGCAGACGGUGAUUUCGGGCCGGUCGAAGACCCUGGAAUGUAUGACACAAGGCUUCGCUCAGCAGAGACGUAAGGCCACAUUGCUCGUCACAGGCCAUGCGUUCCACUCCCGUCAUAUGGAAAACAUGCUGGCCGAGUUUGGAGCAGUUGCUGAGACGGUGCGGUACAGCUCUCCUCGUUUACGCAUGAUUAGCAGCGUGGAAGGCAGUAUCGCAGAACCUGGUCAACUGGAAACGGCUCAGUACUGGGUAAACCAAGUGCGUAAGCCAGUUCGUUUCAACGACGGUAUCCGUACCUUAGGUCGCGAAGGGGUCAAUAUCUUCCUUGAGCUAGGGCCAGACCAGGUGCUUUGUGGCAUGGGCGCAAUUUGCCUUGCAGACCAUCCUCAAUGCGAGUCGAUCUCUUGGCUAUCAUCCCUAAAUCGCCGCGACGAUGGCACAACGACUUUGCAUCGUAGUCUUGGUCAUCUACAUACGCGACACGUGUGGAUUAACUGGCCUGCCUACUUCAAACCUUUCGGUUGUCAUCGUGUGCAGUUGCCGACUUAUGCCUUCCAACGACUCUUCCAUGCCCGCCGCGUUAUCCCUACGCCCAAAGACGAACCUACCACUCCAUUGAACAGCAACAAUCUAGCUACUGUUACUCGAAAUCCACGCGAUCAAUUCAGCGUCGUGUGGCAAACCACCGAGACCGGGAAAGUGCUUUCAGGGGGCAACUGGGGGUUGUUGAAGCCUCAUUUAACUUCUGAUUCAGAAUGGACAAAGGGUGUGACAAGUGCAAUGUCGCAAACAGGCACACGACUGGUCCAUGUCGGAAGCAUUGAGCAUGGCACCAAGUUGGACGGCCUGUUGUGCCUCUGGGACUUGGAACGUGGCAUGCUAUCGCAGACACGGGACUUGAUGGGGCAUGCGUUGACACAACUGCAGACGGCAACUCGCGUCCAGCUCGUUCCCCCGCUGAUAUGGGUUACCCGCCAAGCAAUGGGAACAGACCAUGAACUUGACGAUCGCAACCUGGAUCCUGGACCAACUUCAAUGCUAUGGGGUCUGAUGCGGACUGCUCGAAGUGAGCACCCGGAAUUAAGUUUGCGGCUGGUCGAUCUUGGGUCGGAAUCGGCGGAAGCGAUUGUGCAAGCUGCUCUCAUGCUCAACGCUGAACCUGAAUGCGCAGUUCGGAGGAACAGCGUCCUAGUUCCGCGAUUGCACUCUGUCGAUGCGAUUCCACAAGUUGCCAUGACUGUGCGUCCACUCGUGCGUACAGAUGGAGCAGUAUUGAUCACUGGCGGCCUUGGAGACCUUGGUGCACGUGUGGCACGUUGGCUUGUAAAUCACCACGGAGUAAGAGACUUGGUCUUGACUUCACGCCGCGGUAUGGAAGCUUCGGACGCCGAUGCCUUGGUAGCUGAGUUGUCAACCAUGGGCGCCCGGGUUGAUGUCUUUGCAGCCGAUAUAGCGAGUCCAGACGACGUUCACAUGGUAGUGUCGUGCUUCAGCAAGAAUCGACCUCUGCGGGGCGUCGUUCAUGCCGCGGGCGUUGUGGACUCGGGUGUUCUUUCAACUAUGACGCCUGAGCGUUGCGAGACUACAAUCGCUCCAAAGGCCUAUGGGGCAUGGAAUCUACAUAUGGCAACGAAAGAUGCUGAUCUGGACCUCUUCAUGAUGUUCUCUUCCAUCUCUGGCGUCAUGGGCAUGCCAGGUCUUGCCAACUACGCCGCAGCCAACACGUAUCUAGACGUCCUAGCUCAUUUGCGUCGCGCCAAUGGCUUGCCUGCUACGUCUGUGGCUUAUGGGACUUGGGAAGGCAACGGCGGCAUGGUCUCCAAGCUUGGCAAAGGUACACUGGCCCACCUUUCUCAGUAUGGUCUGGACCCUCUAUCACCUUAUGAGGGACUGGAGCUGCUUCAACAAGCUGUGUUUAGCGGGCGUCCCCUGACAAUGGCAGCUGUGCUUGAUCUGAAGAGACUUCAACUCUACCUCGAGGAGCAAGGUGGCGCCAUACCGCCUUUUCUUAGCUCAAUCCUUGUCCACAGGGAUAGUACCCAACGUCCAGCCGGCAGUUGCCAGAGUCUCCGAGAGUUGUUGAACAAGACUGAAUCUGAGAAGCACCCAACUAUUGUUCUGAACAUGGUCCAACAAGUGGUUGCGAAGGCAUUAGGAUUUGCCCGCCCGCUCGACGUCGAAGUGCACCGUCCACUCAAAGAUAUUGGCAUCGACUCAUUGACAGCAGUCCAAGUGCGAAAUCAUCUGGCAACCCUCACGGGCCUCUCGCUCUCGACUAAUAUCGUCUUUUUCCACUCCAAUCUAAGCUUACUCAGCCAGGCCCUGCUGUCCGAGUUACAACAAGCGAAAGAUAGUCCUACACAGCCACCUUUGGGCAAGUUGAACCUCGAUGCAAUCUGCCAAGGUCUCCUCGAUAAAACCUUUAUAUUUCCAGAAGACUAUCACAUCGAAUCGCGUAAAGACAUUGCGCAGUGCCGCACGGUCCUUCUCACGGGUGCAACAGGGUUCGUCGGGGUCUUUAUUCUUCAUGAGUUGCUUAAGCAGGGCAUCACUACUUAUUGUCUGGUCCGGGCUGGAUGUUCCAAUGAUGCCGAAGCGCGCCUGGUGAAAACUCUCAAAGCCCAGGAUCUAUGGGAAAGCUCAUUUGCACCAUUGCUCAAGCCGAUUGCUGGUGAUAUUGCCAAGCCACUUCUUGGUAUGAUAGACGAAGCAUUUGAUCUGCUAGCUGACAGCGUCGACACCAUCUGUCACUCAGGUGCACUGGUCGACUGGUUACGGCCACUGCAAGACUAUGUCGGGCCAAAUAUUGUGAGCACCCACGAGGUCCUGCGUUUGGCAUCGCGCGGCCGGCCAAAGAUGAUCCAUUUGGUAUCUACCAUAUCGACGUUGCCCAAGCACAUGGGUCUAGGACUUGAAGAAGGAGACCUCGAGUAUGGCUAUGGGACCUCGAAGUACAUAGCUGAGAGAUUGGUGGCAGCUGCCCGUUGGCGUGGAGCUAAAGCAGCAAUUUAUCGCCUCCCAUACGUUACGGCGUCCACCACAUCUGGGCAUUUCCGACUUGACCGCGGAGACUUCUUGAACAACCUGAUCACAGGAUGUCUCGAGAUGGGCGCCUUCCCAUUAGUGGAUGCUGAUAUGUCAGCCGUACUCCCCGUCGAUUACUUGGCCAGGACAAUCGUAGCCAUCGCGACUCGUGAUCCGCAUGGAUCGUGUUGCGACUUUGACUUUUUGAGCACUCGGGCUCCAACCUGCAGGCAGUUCUUUCAGAGAUUGUGUGAUCUUGCUGGUAGCCCACCGGGUGAAAUUAUCCCCUUUGAGAUAUGGAAGCACCGGGCACUGGACCAUGCUAGAUCACACCCGACUAGUCCGAUUUCGCGUAUCACCGCUGUGUUGGACGGCUACACGGAGGAGAACGCGACAAGCAUGUUCAAAGCUCUCCCGCCCGGGAAGCAUGUCCUUGGAGGUGACAAAUAUCCAGCGCCAGCGUUGAAUGAUGAGUUUAUCACAGGGUACCUGCGCCGUCUGAGCGUUCGAAGAUUCCAAGAAGUCCCGCAAGCAUUCACAGUGUGCACGGGUUGA